AUGCCUUCCAUCAGUCUCACUAAUAAUUCAACACUUCACAUUGACCUGGCACCAUACAUCACAACAGAAACACACACUACAAAGCCAACGACUCAAGGUUAUAAUCACACUCACGACUGUAGACCUCUCCUAUCGAGAGCCUUUCAUAAGCUUCAUCGUCGAGACACAGCUCCGGAAAUCAUAGGGAUAGUCGUCGGUUUAACUCUCCUCGCUGCUGUUAUCGGAGUCGGUUUAUUUGUAUGGAAUUGGAACAUCUUCAAGCAGCUCAGGACUAGCAACAACCAGAGACGCCAUCAUCGUCGCCGUUCACACCGUCGACGCCAUAUCAUAGGACAUUUCAACGCAAGUGUCGAAGAUGGUUCUGAAGAUAUCGAGCUUGAGUGUCGCUUCACCACGGACGACGACAUCAUCGUUCAGGCCCUCGAAGACCAGAACCGAUAUUUCAGAUCCCAAACCCCUGUCAUCUACAUCCAUUCCAUCCACCGAAUGAGAUGGACGCACCUCAGAUACAUGAUGGACUGA